UCCGCCUUUUAUCCGCGCCCUGGCCACGCGGGACGGUAUAAUUAAAUAAUUAUUGUGCCGAGCGCACGCCCCCCGCCGCCCUCAUGCGUACGUGUAGUGCCGCAGGACGCUGGUACACCGGGUGGACGUAGAAGACGCUCAGAAAAAACGGCGGGAUUAUGGCGAAAGAAAGCUCAUUCGUCUGCGGGUGGAACCCGUGGCGGCGACAACUACUGCUUCCGACGGUCUUCGUGUUGGUGUUAUCGAUAGUACCUACACAGUCGUCGUAUAGAAACUGUCCCCCUAUCGUCCCUGGUGAAGGAUCCCCACUCUUUCCUCAAAGGACAAAGGGAGGGAACGUGACCAUGUAUAGAGUCUUUCACACGUUAGGCAAUCCUCCCACAGUAAACAUAACUUGGGUCCGUGAGCCCUCGAGUCUUUCCUUGUCAAACGGCCGCUAUCAAAUAAACAACUCACUCUCAAAAGGAACCGUUAGAGCAUCAAUCACAGUACGGGACCUAAUGCUGUUUCCUGACGUAGGGAGAUAUACUGUAACUGUCUGUAGCAACUGUACGUGUAACAAAACAACGUUUGUGCUGCAACUCUUCAAAUGUGAUCCAACCGCAUUACCAGAGCCAGUGGAACAGUACGAGAACAUAAACAUCACGGAUUCAUUUUCUACAGUCCUGUAUUUGUAUUCAAUUUUUAACGGGAGCACGAACACCUUUUUCUACAACACUGACUGGACACACAAUGGGAAAGACCUCUGUUUUGAGGGAACUACGAAACAAAGUUCAGCUCUCUUUACUUGCAACAGGACAAUUCUAGGGGACUGCCUAUUCUCGGCAAACCUCUAUAUCAACGGUUAUACAAUAAAGAAUUCAGGCAACUACACAGUGCAAGCUAUAGGGGGUGGUUCAGCCAGUCGCAACUCAACUAUCCACGUAGACUAUGUACAAGUUGUGGUGGUAGAGGACGACAGAAUAGAGCACAAUGAGUCGACUCGUGGUAUCUCAUUAGGCUGUGAGGCUCAUGCACAAGACAGAUCCCAGGCCACCUGCACUGUCAGCAUCUCAUCCUCCCUUCACUCUGGCAAGAGAGACUACCAACUGUGUGCUGGCUACUUCGACCCUACCACAUCACAGCUACACUGCUCUGAUAGAAUAACUGUAAUACCUGGGAACUCCCAGAGAGUGGUGUUGGGAGUGCUGGCAGAGGUUACACUCAUAGUCCUUCUGGUGGCUGUACUUAUGGUGCUCUAUGUAAGAGUUGCUGCUGUAGGUCAGAGGAAGGACAGAACCAAGGCUCCAAGUGAAGAUUUCGGUCUAUUCAAACAAGGGGGUGCAUUUCACGGUCAGUUUGCCAGAACUAUACUCUACUUAAGAUCACAUGGAGGGGAGAAUCCCUGGGUCCUCCCCAAAGUUAGCAGAAUGUGAUCAUGGUACUGGGGUUAACGCUCCAAAAACUGUAUCAGCGCCCAGCGCUAACAUUCAACACACUGGACUGUGGGGAGAAGUGAGUGGCGGUGGUAUUAUAGGACGAGAUGAAUGGGGGCAUAAUGCUGGAGGUAUAGACCCUCGGUUUUAUAUGGAAGCCCACUUUAGUGAAGCUGCAGUUUUGGCAAUAAGACAGAGCUACGGAGCGAAGUUUCAAUUAGCUACAUAGAUAGUUGCAGCAACAACCCAUCAUAACCCCUUGAUAGAGGGGAAUAGUAAUUAGCUAGCUACGCAAUCAUUGCAGUAUCUCAGAUCACUUGAUUAAAAAUGAAUUUGUCAAUGUAUAAAACUAUGAUUAUGAGAGAAGUUUCAUCGUGGCAUGACUCCAAGACGGCCGCAGUACUUUGCCACUUUCUUGCUGGCAAUCCUGAACACAGGAACUCUGUCCUGGGUCAGUUCAAUGACGAGGUAAUAUGGGCUCUGGUCCGGAUCUGGGCCAAAUCUAUCGCCGUAGUAUUGGAGGACAAUGUCUCCAGGGUCGUGCGGUGAGUUGCCACCGAUAUCUUUGAAGAAAUGAAACUUCCAGCGCGAAUCAGACUCGUCCCUCAUGUCUUGUUUACUCUGAAAGUGAGAGGUUUCCAUUUGCUGUCAAAACUAUCUUUUAUCAGACCCGCGUGGGUUAGUAUAUACACAAGGCAUUGUGGAGUGAAAACUAACCAUUCCUUUGACGGAGAAUCGCUCGUCCUUGCUCAGAGCCAGAAACAGCUCGGUGUAUGUGUCAUUUUGGAGGUAGAAAUACUUU